AUGUCCCCUAGUAUUUACUCUCAUCGAAAAAUUGAUGAUGAGGUAUCUGUGGAUCUUGACCCACCUCACUGGACAUUGGGUCCUAACAAGCUUAUGAAGUCUUUUACUGUCAAAACAAAAGCUAUAAUAUUGAACAGUCCUCACAAUCCAACUGGAAAAAUUUUCACCAAGGAUGAGUUGGAGAUCAUUGCUGGAGCUUGCCUCACCAAGGAUUGCCUAGCUAUAACAGAUGAAGUAUGGUGGAGGGUUGGAUGGGCCAUUGCUUCAGCUUGCAUUGCCUCGACGAUUAGAAAUAUCCAUACUAGGAUUACAGAUUGUGCUCCAGCACCAUUUCAGGAGGCUGUUGUGACUGCUUUGAGAAUUCCACCAGAGUACUUUGAAUUAUUGAGAAGCGAUUACGAAUCCAAAAGAGAUUUUAUUAUCAAGAUGCUUGCUGGGGUUGGUUUCCGGAUUCAGUUCAAACCUCAGGGUUCAGUCUUCGUAUUUGCAGAGCUUCCUGAGAGUUGCCUACUUUCUGAUGUAGAAUUCAUCGAGGAAUUGAUAAAACAGGCCGGGGUGGUGGCUGUACCAGGAUGUGGUUUUUUUCAUGCGAUGCCACCUUCAGAUAAAAGACCCCCAGCUGAUCUUAGCUCUCAGAAGAGAUAUAUCAGAUUUGCUUUCUGCAAGAGCGAUGCUACUUUGGCUGCUGCUGCACAAAAAAUUGCUGGCCUCUCGGAUGCUAGAGGUCGACUCAAGCUAUUUUAAGCUUACGAAAAAGGAUAUUUGCUUUCUGUACGUAGCUUCAAAAUUGAGUUAGUAUACAGGCAAACCAAGUUUAAUAAAAACUUUACUCUUUAAGGUUCA